AUGAUUGGCUUCAUGAUUGGCUUCAAUGGUACAGUUCAAGGGUUCUUCAGAAGCAACAGAGGCCUUCGUCAGGCAUUUCCAAAACGUGUUUCUUCUCCCAUCCGCUACCUGGGAGUUUCGCUCUGCACAAAGAAACUAUCUUUAGCCAACUGUGAGCCACUAAUCCAACAGUGUAUAAAGAUCAUUAAUUCUCUAUGUGGGGCGUACCUAUGGAAAGGAACUACGGAGGGCAACCAUUCGGCUAAAGUAUCAUGGGAGACGGUUACCUUGUCUAAACAGGAAGGGGGCCUAGGUAUCAGAGACUUGGUUUGGUGGAACAAAGCCUCCUCGAUUAAGAUGGUAUGGCUGCUAUUCUUCAGAGGAGGCUCAAUCUGGGUGGCGUGGUUCAUAGAGAACAUUCUCUCUGGAAAUCUGAGCAAUCUCUGGACCCUAAAAGAGAAACAAUCACACUCUUCAGCAACUAAGAAGAUUCUCAGGGUGCGUGACUAUGUCUACAGCUGGAUAAAGAUUGUACCUCACAAUGGAAGAAGCUCGAGGUUCUGGUCCGACAAUUGGAGCCCCUUCAGUAACAUCAGGCGCUACCUUGAACUACCUCCAUCUACUAGUCUUGGUAUCAGACCCACCACAACACUCGCGGACCUUCAUCGGCAAGACCGAUGGGCUCUGCCACAGCCUAGAUCAGAGGCCAUGCUGAACAUCCAUGUUUUCCUCUCAUCUAUUACUCUAUCGGAGGAACCAGAUGAGUUUGUCUGGUCACCGCUUGGAACACCGCUAUCAAGCUUCUCUAAAGGAAUGAUCUACAACGCCAUCAAACAUCAUGAGCAGAAGGUGGCCUGGAGCAAAAUCGUCUGGUCUUCCAGAAGCAUUCCUCGUCAUAACUUCUUGACUUGGUUGAUAGUACUCAAUAGAAGCCCCACAAAAGAUAGGAUGAUUAAUUGGGGACUCCAAUCGGAUCCGGCUUGUGGCUUGUGCACUGGUUUUGCGGAGACAAGAGAUCACCUCUAUUUCUAA